AUGGAGGGCACAACUGCUACUACUACUACUACCGCUCCGUUGUUUUCUGAGACCAGCGACUUUCCGGUGGAGAAGGUCCGUCUGCAAGUUGCUUUGCCACUACUUGGUGUCGUAAUCCUAGGCGUAAUCCCAUAUGGCUGGGUUUUGAGCCAGGGUGUGCCUCUGUAUGUACCGUUGAUCUUGCAGGGCGUGAUUGGAUUCUGCGGCACUGGGUGUGUAAAUAUCCUGAGCGCCCUUCUUGUGGACUUCUUUCCGGAGCAACCUUCAACGGCAUCGGCAGCUGCGAACCUUGUUCGAUGUUGGCUGAGUGCCGUGCUGACUGCAGUAUUGCAAUUCUUGAUUUCUGGAAUGGGCAGGGGUUGGUGCUUCACUUUUUUCGGCCUGGUGGAGCUUGCUGCAUCCCCAUUGCUCUGUGCAACAUAUUGGCGUGGAAUGAAGUGGCGCACGAGAAAGAUGAACCAUGCAAAACCCGAUGAAGAAGAAAUUCGGCUCGCCGAAAGAGAGCACUGUGCGACGACAACCGAGUCAAAAAAUGGGUCGGAAAGCUAG